UCAUAACCACGCGCAUGAACAUUUUGCAUAUUAUCUUUCUAUACAGGUACAGCCUCGUACAGUUUUAGUGAUAUAAGGGCACUACCGAUCAUAAGGUUUGUUGGAAAGUUCAACCCUACGAAGUCAUACAACUAAAACGGAAAUUAUUAAAACGGCGAACCAAAAUUGACAGGAGGAUAAUCAGUUUUGUCAAACGAAAACAAGGUUUACUUCGCGUCCACCGAACAUUUUGAAUGAAGAACACGCUCGCUAAGCAGUCCAAAUAUUUAAGAUGAUGUUUCUGCUUAUUAUUUGUGGACUUGCGAUUUUAUGUUUGUACGUGACAUCGGUAGAGUGUGCAAACGUUUCAUUGGGACAGUUUACAAUUUCUUCCACCGAAUGCAGAUCAACGGAAGAUAUCGUAUUUGAUUUCACCAACAACGAUAACGAUCCAAAAUCACGGCACACUUUAGCGACGUGUCUUGUGUCACACAAAUUCUGCUUCUUAUCGCCCGAGUACCUUAACAGUUCAUAUGUCAUUUGGUUCACCGGUUUUGGUGCGAUUUUUAGCGUCAAGAACACAUUUGAGAUAGUCCAAGGGAAAUACCUAUGCUGUUCAGCCUAUUCAAAUAAUUGCGUCCAACUGGACAUAUCAUUGUGUACUAACAACACAUUUAAAAUCGACCAAGGAGAGAAUAAUCAAGAAGAGACCGAUCGGAAUCAUGAAUGUCAAAUCUCAAGUCUUGAAAUGUUGCUCACUAUUAUUCCGACAGUGGCUUGUGUUGUUCUCUUGGCCAUUCUUGUGGCACUUCUUCGGAGAAAAUGGAGCUCACCUUUAAUCGAUAGAAAAUGGCGCAAAAGACUGAUGAGGUCGAGUAACGGAGAUGUGAAAAAUACGUAUGAACAGGUUAAUGAAUGUGAUGAAGAAACCACGCCACUGAACGAGGAGGUUCAGAAUGGUGUACUACGUCGCGAUCACAGUAUCACAUGCAGAAAUUCACGCCUCGACUCACGGAAGGACACGAUGACUCAAGCUAUUCUAAGACUUGUGAUCCGUACAAUACAUGAGCACACAUUUGAACAUGCUAUAGGCAUGGAAGCUCCAAUUAACUACGGAGGCAUUCUUACUGUGCUUAAGGAUGUCGUUAAGCAAACAAUCGAGGCCAACAGAAACACAUGUGAUAGGGUGACUCAAACUGCUUUAGAAAAAGUGCUUCAUAUAACAGAAGAGUACAUAAAGAAACGUGAUAUAACGACGGAAGAUCCUGUUACAUGUGAAGUCAUUCAGGUCAUUCUUACCUUGUUGGAGAAGGAACAAGAUGAAACAAACGGAGCCAACACAACAACACGCGAUGGAACGGCUCUUACUGCUUUAGAAAUUGUGAUUCGUAAUAUAGAAGAGGGCAUCAAGAAACGUAAUAUAGCCACGGAUGCUUAUAUUACCUUUAGAGUAAUUCUUACCGUGCUUGAGUAUGUCGAUGAAGAAACAUCAGGAGCCAACAAAACAACACUUGACAAGCUUCCCGAUGAUCGCAUGGAUCAUUACAACGAAUAUCAUGUUUAAGAUUUCAAUAUACAACAAACAUCGCGAGUCACGUAAUGCGGUGAUGAAGAAAUAUAAUGAAAGAAAAACAUAAAGAUAUGAUUACUAGUAUUAGUCACUAAAAUUUAGCACAACUAAUCAUAAAAAUCAGUGUUCAUUGAACCAUUUCCAUAAAAAAAAAACGAUGGCACGCACUGUAAACCACACUGAAUGAAAAUUCCGAGGACAAACUCCUCCUAUCAACUAAAAUAUAAAAUACAUUUUCAAUGAUGUAAAAGGCGGAUUGAGCGAAUGCACUAUUUUGUGUGGUGAUUUGUAAAACACGCAGAAAUAUUAAACAUUGCUAAAAUUUAUGUCGUAUUAUAAAAGUCGUCUUUCGAACAUAUGUUUUUAUAACCAUGAUUUGCAUAUUUAUACGAAAAUGCUAAAAUAACAUUACUGUUUUCUUUGUUAUUUAGCAUAUUUUGUUUGGUAUUAGUAUAUUGUUACAUCCUUUUAAUAAUCCUAAAUAUUUGGCGCUCGUUUAUCACUGAAAUUGAUGCCCUGAAUGAUGCAUAUUGUUCUUUUGAGUAGUGUAUAUAAACAAAGUAAACGUCUAAUUAUGGGUUUAAACUGCACUUGCUUUUAUUAUGAACUAAAUACAUGGAUAAAUAAAUAAAAAAUACAUGAUUAACCAUAAAUUUGAUUUUACUAUGCGGCGAUUAAACUUCAGAUAUCGCGUUAUAAAUAUAUUACCGUUGUCGUAGUUAGCAUGUAUAUAGACUUUAACGAAAGAUAGACUAUUUUAAAUUUCAGAGGAUCAAUAAGAAAGUAUGCCGCAUUAUCAGACAAACGCGAAUCACGUUAUACAUGUUUUGAAAAGAACCUAUGUUGCUUUAAUGACCAAAUAUAUAUGUUUGUUCUUUUGUUCUGACGAACUAUCCAGUUAAUUAACAUGAAUGAGUCUAUUUGAUAGGGAUGCAUGACUUCGAAAAGGCCACGCGAAAUAGAUUUAAUUUAAAAAAAAUCUCAAAUUAGAUAUGAAUAUUGACAUGCUCUUACAGUGCAACUUCAUUGUAUCAGUUUAAUUUUGUGUACACAUUAUGUUUAACCUUAACACCUAUCUAUCAACAAAGUAGAAUCGGUUUAGGGAUGUUCACUGUUUUAUAAGAUUUAAACUUAAGUUGCAGUUGAUCUUGCAGACUUGUGUUGCUUUACUUUAAACAUAAUUUGUUGUUUGAUAUGUAAUUAUGGGAAAUAGAUCCUGACAAACAAAUUGAGUCGUGCUUUCUGAAAAAAUGAAAGACAUUUAUGUUUUUGUUUUUAUGUUAUAGAAUUGAGAUGUAAAUAAAUUCGUUUAAUAAAUGAAAUUACUUACACCAUGUUUAUUAUUCAAAUAAAGCAUAAUGAUAAAAAUUGCAUGUUACAGCUCGUUGUAUAAUAUCUUUGUAUUUUGAUUUUUUUUCUUGCAUUUAAAAUCAAUAUCAUUGUGUAAUUUCUUUGUAAACCGUUAUAUUUUAUUAUUUAUUUACUUUCGACGUAAACAUGCUUAAAGAGACACUUUAAAUAAAAUAAACCAACAAUCCAACGAUGUAUUUAUAUGUAAGGUUUCCCAACUCUAUUUUAAUGCAUGUGCAAAUUAAUAUGUAGUCAAACUGAACUUUGAUAAGAACUGUUGUAUGAGACUACUAGCAGAUACGACAAUCACACAUUUUCGUUGUUGUAUAUGUUCAUAGAUUAUUCAAAGUCUUACGAAAAUUCGAAAUAUUUAGGAAAUGUAAUGCUAAAAAUGGUGACGACUUAACAGUUUUAUAAGGACAAAUAUAUUUUGAAAACUAAAAAGCCUAUGCCUGAUAUCGUUGUUCUGUAAUCAUCGCGUUUAAAAAUACUGACUCGCUUUUUGAUUGACAGCAAAUGCCGAUCUUUUUUUAUAUAUAGUUUUAGUCGCGCCGAGUCUGAUAUAACGAAAGAUAAGUAACCUGAACAUAAAGUUUUUAUCAUACCUGAAUGGCUUAAUUCUUAUUGAAAACAUGUAAUCGCUAAGAAGCUGCAUUUUAAGCAAGAAAACAAUUGUGUAAUACUUUUGACAUGUUAACAAGUCGCAUGAUUACGUUUGCUUAUUAUUUUAAUAGCCUUCUUGUUUGCUGUUUUUGUUGAUUUUUGGGUCUAAAAUAAAUAAAAUAUUUGUAUCACA